AAGUUUUCAAAGAAAACCCAACUCAUUUAUUUCUCUCCCCAUAUUAGUAUUCACUUCAUCAUAUUGUUCAAGUAUAUAUAUACACACUAGUACAUGUGAGAGCUUCAACCUCUCAAUGUUGAAACAAUAUAAAGGAACAAACAUGGUAAGCCUACAGUACAAAAUUUGCUACAUGUUCUUAUUUUCAGUACUUAUAUCCCGUAAUAUUGUUGGGGCGAAAGUACCGGCGAUUAUCGUGUUCGGAGACUCAACGGUGGAUGCAGGCAACAACAACCAAAUUCCGACCAUAGCCAGAAGCAAUUUCGAGCCAUAUGGGCGUGACUUUGCCGGCGGAAAGCCCACCGGAAGGUUUUCGAAUGGGCGGAUACCUACUGACUUCAUCUCAGAGGGUUUUGGCCUGAAAUCUGCCAUUCCUGCUUACUUGGAUCCUUCUUGUAACAUCUCAGAUUUUGCUACUGGUGUCACUUUCGCUUCUGCUGGCACUGGCUACGAUAAUGCAACUUCCUCAGUGCUUUCUGUAAUACCACUUUGGAAGGAAUUGGAAUACUACAAAGAGUACCAAAAGAAACUGAAAACAUAUCAAGGAGAAGAAAAGGCAAAGGAAAUAAUAGGGGAAGCUCUUUACAUGAUCAGCAUUGGAACAAACGACUUCUUAGAGAACUACUACACCAUGCCAGGUAGAUCAUCCAGGUACAACAUCCAACAGUACCAAGAUUUUCUAAUUGGUAUAGCUGGGAAUUUCAUCAGGCAACUCUACGCACUUGGGGCUCGAAAAAUAUCCCUUGGAGGCCUCCCUCCUAUGGGGUGCCUACCCUUGGAGAGGACCACCAAUUUGUUUGGUCAAAAUAACUGUGUGGAGAGAUACAAUGCUGUGUCUUUGGAAUUUAAUGGGAAAUUGGACAAACUCAUUUCUACACUCAACAAGGAACUCCCACAGCUCAAGAUGGUCUUUUCCAAUCCUUAUAAUCCACUUUUGAGCAUUAUCAAACAGCCUUCUUCCUACGGAUUCGAGGUGAGCUCAGUGGCAUGUUGUGCAACUGGAAUGUUCGAAAUGGGUUAUGCUUGCAAUCGAAAUGAUAUGUUCACUUGCACCGAUGCCAACAAAUACGUCUUCUGGGAUUCAUUCCAUCCCACCGAAAAAACUAGUCAUAUUAUCGCUGACUUUCUAUUAAAGAAUGUUCUCACUCAGUUUCUUUAAUCACACUACACAACACUACUUAUAUCCUACCUAUAUAUUAUACCUAAUUAAUUAAUGCUUAAGUACUAUUUUUAAUCUAUUUAAGCUAUAUAUAAUCAUGGUCAAAAUAUAUUAUAUUCUUUCAGCUUAAACCUUAAACUAUAAUAAAUUCUCUCUACAUAUAAUUAUAAUUAAGAUUAGGUAUCUUGUUAAUAUAUUUAUAACUAGUACCUUAUUACUUAUAUUAUUAGCUUGUUAAUUUCUCUAGUAAUAAUGUUUGCUUCAUUUAGGUUAUCUUGGAAUUAAUAGCUACGUAUAGUCCUUUCAAACUUUAGAUAUGUAUGUGUAGAGUAAAGCUAUAAUGUAAAAUAUUUCUUGUAGAAUAAUAUUGUGAUCCUUUCAGAAAAAUAAAAUAAAUAAACAAUGAAUAUUAUUAUUGUGAUGAAAA